UAAAUGCCUGCUAAGAUGGCACUGGCUAGUUCACUUUCUAGCAAGGCAGUACCACCACGCUCCAGAAGAGUUCCUACAACAGGAGUGGAAGUGCACCAGAACAAGCUGGAUUUCUUUUGCAAGCUGGGCUAUGGUAAGCAGGACAUCUGCAAAGUGCUAGAGAGCCUGGGCCAGGAGGCUCUGGAGGAUGAUGUUCUGAAAGAGCUGAUUCGGAUGGGGAGAAAACCUCAAGCUCUGGAGAGCCAGGUUCAGCCUAUCCCACUAAAACUGGUAGCCCGAGGAUCAGGUUGCGCUCCAGACAUGCCACUAUGGCUUGGCGAAGAUGGGAGUGAUUCCUCCGGUCACUUGAGACCCAUCGUAAUUGAUGGCAGCAAUGUUGCUAUGAGCCAUGGAAACAAAGAAGUAUUCUCCUGCUGGGGGAUCCGACUGGCCGUGGAUUGGUUCCGACAGAGGGGACACACAUACAUCAAGGUUUUUGUACCAUCCUGGAGAAAGGAACCUCCUCGACAAGACAGUCCCAUCGCAGAUCAGCACAUUCUUGAAGAACUUGAAAAGCAAUUGAUUCUUGUGUAUACCCCAUCCCGGAAGGUGAAAGGCAAGAGGGUCGUUUGCUAUGAUGACCGCUAUAUAGUUAAAGUUGCUUACGAGAAAGAUGGAGUCAUUGUUUCCAAUGACCAUUACCGGGAUCUGCAAAACGAAAACCCCGAGUGGAAAUGGUUCAUUGAGCAGCGACUACUCAUGUACUCUUUUGUCAGUAACAGGUUUAUGCCUCCUGAUGAUCCAUUAGGCCGUCAUGGACCCACUCUUAAUAAUUUCCUCAGCAAAAAGCCAGUGCUUCCGGAGCCAAAAUGGCAACCUUGCCCAUAUGGAAAAAAAUGCACUUAUGGCAAUAAAUGCAAAUUUUACCACCCAGAAAGACCACAUCAAGCUCAGCUAUCAGUUGCUGAUGAGCUCAGAGCCAAAAUAAAGGUCUCAUUAAGCCUGGGGAAAGAGGAAGAGAAGUCUCCCUACAGGAUUGGAGGAGAGAAUAUACCUCAUGAUGCCUGUACAGAAAUGCUGCAAGAAGCCAGCAGCUGUGUGGGGGAUUCCUGCUGUGCAGAGUGGUCCAAGGGGAGCUAUCAGGAGCAGUCAGCUGGUGCCUGGGCAAGGGGCCUGAACUCUGAAGUGGAAAAAGUGGAAAUGGAUCAACGAUUGUUACAGCCAAAUCUGCAGAGAGACCAACAGCUCAUGGAAAAGAUGUCCGCAUUAUUGAUCAGUGAUGAUACGUAUUGUAAAAAGAGGUCCAUAUGUACCUCUCCAGACCAGGAGGUGACAGACAGGCCUCAUCACUGUUGCAGCUUCAGGCACAAUCCAUAUUUGAUGCCUCACCACACUAGCUUGGACUGUAGCUGCAUACCAAGAUGCAGCUUCCAUCAGAUGAUACUUCCCUCUGCUCAAGUCAGGGAGCACGCAGACCACAGCUGGCCUCAGCAUGGUUGCAGCAUGCAAGUGCCAGUAAGGCUGGGUCAGAAGAGCCAGUAUGUCCCUAACAGAGCUCAGCACAUGCCACCUCCUGCAGUGCCUCCCAGUGACCCACUUCACUUCCACAGUGAGCAUCAGCUGCAGCAGCAGCAUUGUUUCCCCAGCCAGCCUCUACCUCAGCCCUUUCCCUUAGACUCCAGCAAUGGUCCUGGCUUCCUCCAGAAAGCAUAUGCUUACCCAGAUGCUGCUUACUGUGCUUACUGGCCUAUCCGUGCUGCAAGACCACCUUCUGGCCAGCAAGCAAACAUCCACAGGGAGCUGUGCUCCAUUUUCCCAUCUGAUGAGGUGAAUGAAGUCAUGGCUUUGUACCCUGAUCUCAAGGAUAUUGCUAGCUUAACUUUACUAAUUCAAAGACACAGAAACUUGUGAAACCUCCAAACUAAACCUUUCCCCACAAGCACAAGUCCUGGGGACAGGGCUGCUAUUCUGAUACUUAACUCAGUGUUAUAAAGGAUUUGAAAGGCGUUAUAGCAGUUCAAACAGUACAUGUUAAGCAUAUACCAGCUGUGUUGUAGGGGCCACCAGAGCAUCCCUGGCUAACAAACAGGUAUGUGCAGUCCUGCCUUUGAGUGCAAAUCAAGGCAAAGUCAUUCCAAAGCCAGUGAAUGAGAUGGCUCACGGCCUAAUUGAGAAUGAGACAGCCUAAUUGAGCUGAUUGAUUGGUAGCACCGAAUCUCACUGUUGACUGGUUUCAGGAUGGUAUAGAUCUUUAUUAAUUCCUUGAAACACUAGACCAGUUUUAAAGUCCUAGCACAGUAGUCCAGCUACUAUAAAAGAGCCAUUCCCAAAGGGUCCCUUUUUAGGGCUCUUCAUGGGCUGAUUAUCACUAGCUUUCUGAACUAGCGUAAAAAAUAAUUUGGCAUAUUUCCACUAACAAACACAAGUCUGUGUUGUCUGCUCUAAGGUGACUUUGGUUCCUUGUUAUUGCCUGAGGUCUUUAAUUAUUGAAGCAACUAUGCCUACAGGCCCAGCCCUGCAAAACCAAAAGAUUUGACUAGUUUUUAUAAACCUAUUCUGUGAUUCUACUAAAUUCCUAGUAGAGGUAUUCCAGUACACUUGGAAACACCUACAGGUAAAUUUUUCAGGGAAUGUGCACAAUAUAAUUCAAAGGGGGAAAGUCAUCUUUAACAUAAAUCCUGAUAUGGGAAAAAGGCUCAGGAUUGUCUUGGCUUUACUGAAUUAACACAGAUGGUAGCAAGAAAAAAAAAUCUAUUCCAGUGAACAUAAAAACAAUGGUUGAAUUAAAGGUUAAUUAUUAGACCAUAUUUGAUAAUACAGCUGUUUAUAAUUAUAAACAUUUACCCUGUGUUCUGUUGGGACAUACUUGAUUUUUAGUAAGCUGUGAAGCUACUAACCUCUGCAUUUUUUACUGAAUU